AUGCAGCCAGGAGGCUCUAGAGGUGGUCAGGACAUCGCAAGUCUGGCGGGAGGGUACGAUGUGGUCGAGCAUGCUCUUGGGACGCUGCUAGUCCUGAUCGGGGAGGUUCACGACGACCCCACGGCGCAUGAGCUUGAGCUGGGGAUCCUGCAAGAGUGCUUCCAGCGAAUGAGGGCCAGUAGGAGCCUGCACCUGUCACUGGAGAUGUUUGAGACGGACGUCCAGAGGGUGAUCGACGAGUACACGAGGGGCAUCAUCAGCGAGAGAGACAUGAUGGUAGACGGUAGAGCAUGGAUGAACUACCCGAGUGACUACAGGAAGAUGGUGGAGUUUGCCAAAGAGCAUGGUAUCCCCGUGAUUGCUGCUAACGCACCGAGAAGGUUUUACGAGCAAUCUGACUUCCUUUCAUCCCUCAUUCUCGCCUUCAGGUACAUCUCAGUGGUUGGCAAUCGAGGCAUGUCCAGCCUUGACCAACUCUCCUCCUCCUCACGCUCGUUCCUUCCUCCUCUCCCAGUGCCCCCGGCUUCUGGACCAUACCAGCUCAAGUUCACCCAGCAGAUGCAGUUGAUGCAGCAAGAGGUAGCUGCUGAGGGCAAACGAAACAGUGAAGGAAAAUCUUCCUCCACGUCCUCUCUCUCUCGGCAAGACAAGGGGGCCCAGGGGCAGGCGGCAGGGGAGGAAGGAGCUGCAUGCCCGUACAUCGGGUGGAGCGCGGAGCGGAGCCGAUUCAUGCUGGAAGCUCAGAACCUUUGGGACGCGACCAUGGCACACAGCAUCGCGCAGAUCUUGAAUGGGGGGGGCGAUCUGAGUGGUGGUGGUGGUGGUGGAGGAGGAGGAGGGGAAAAGCUCACCAGAGGCGGCGUGAAGGAUGGGAAGGCUCCCCUUGUGAUUCAUGUCACUGGGAAGUUUCACUGUGAGGAGCGUUUGGGAAUUCCCGAACACCUGCACCGAUAUGCUCCGCAUGCCAAGGUCAUGGUAGUCGGUGAGACUUAG